CUCGUCGUUGAACGUACUUCAUUCAGCUUUGUUGUGAAAUUUUCCUAUAUAUCGCCAUUGUUUAUUUUUUUAAUCUGCACCUUCAAUGAUUAUUUUUAAGCUAGUGAGGUGACACUAUAGAACUACUCAAAUAAAUUUGAAAAAACCUGAAUCCUGCUGCAAUCAUGAUCUCAUGCAGUUGAAUAGUUUAUUAGGAUAUUGGAUGUCAUUAGUCGCAUUUGUUUUCCUAAUUUUUCUGCAUUUAGCUUGGUUUGAAGAAGUGUACGAAGUCUCCAAACGUCACUGCUGUACAAGAAGGUUGUCUCGCUAAGUGUCGACGAACAAAGGACCCUGAAAGCACCAACCACAUGACAAACACUAUUUUUGCUCGAAAAAUACAUACGUUCGUGGGAAUAAUGGAUUAAACGCAUGAAACUUACAGGAUACUCUUUUUUGACGCGCGACAAAAAUACCUGUAGCGAGUAUUUAGUAUGGCAGCAGAAGAUGACUGGUCGAAGCUACCUACUUUGGCUAAGGUGCAGCAUAAGCUUUGGAAUGCUCGGGUGGCGGGAUAUGAAGAAGCUUUAAAAAUAUUCUCUACAGAGACAAGUGAAAAAAGUCCUAUUUUCAAUGAGUAUAUUGGAUUAAUGAAAAAAAUUGUAACCGAUCCCCAUGCUGUGGCUCAGGAAAAAGCUCUGGAAGUCGUUUUAACGUAUAUCGAAGUUGCUGCAGUGGCUACAAAAUGUGCUGGAGAUAUAUGUUCUGGUAUCAUAGCAAAAUGUUUGGGCUCUGCACGAGCAAAAACAAAAGAUAAAUCAAUCGAAUGCCUUCUAAUGCUUGUGGAGAUAGAACGUCACGAGUUGGUUGUAGAAGAACUCCUGAAGGGUUUGUCUACUAAAAAUCCGAAAGUUGUUGUCGGUUGUCUACAAACUCUCCGCGAAGCUUUAAAUCUUUUUGGUCCAACUGUAGUUUCGGUGAAACCUCUUUUUAAAGAGUUUGGUCGACUCCUCGAUGAUCGAGACCAAGGCGUUAGAAAUGAGACAAAAAAUCUUAUUGUUGAAGUCUACAGAUGGGUCGGGGCUGGUACAAAAGAUCUGUUGAAAGAUAUUAAACCAGUUGUGAUGAACGAGUUAAAUGAACUAUUUAGCUGUAUUCCACCUGAGAAACCUGUCAGACUACGCUAUUUACGCAGUCAGAAACCAAAAGAAACUAUUUCAGGUGAUGCCGUUGAAAACACCUCUGAACAGGUAGCUGCUUCAAAUGAAGCCCCAACUGAAAUUGAUCUGAGUGAUAUGAUUCCUCCGUCGGAGGUCCUUAGUAAAGUCCCCAGUGAGUACUGGCAACAAAUAACAGAAAAAAAGUGGCAAGAUCGUCGUGAUGCUCUGGAGGCACUUGAAAAGAUUACAAACGUUCCGCGCAUCGUACCAGGCGAUUUUUCCGACCUUGUUAAGAGCUUACUGCAGGUCGUGAAUAAAGAUACCAACAUUAUGUUGGUAGCUCUUGCAGCUAAAAUUUUGGGACAAUUAGGAAGAGGACUGAAAUCAAAGUUUAGUCCAUAUUCUCAACAAACUCUACAAGCUUGUUUAGGCAAGUUCAAAGAAAAGAAACCCAAUGUUGUUCAAGCCCUAAGGGAAGCUGCCGAUGCUGCAGUCUCCUCAGCGUCUCUGGAUCAUUUUGUGGAUGAUAUUGUAGAAGCGUUGAGUCAUAAAACGCCUGGUGUACGUGCAGAAGCAGUCUUGAUUUUAAGUAGAAUAUUCAGGAAGUGUUCUGCCUCUUCGUUAAACAAAAAGCUAUUAAAAUCGUUUAUUGUCCCUCUGUGCGUAACCUGCAAUGAUACUGUUCCUGAAGUACGUGAAAGCAGCUUUGCUGCUCUUGGCGCUGCAAUGUUCGUUGUAUCAGAAAAGAUCAUGAAACCAUUUCUUAGUGAACUGGAUUCUAUUCGAAUGGCGAGAAUCAAUGAAUGUUGUGAACAGAUAGCUUCUGAAGUUGGCAGUUCUAGUAAUUCUGCUGCCCAGCCAACUAGCACUGCGAAAAAUACUUCCGCAUCGGCAAAGCCUGGUGCUGCGCCGCGCCGUGCAGCACCGCCAGUUACUCGUCCAAGCACAGCACCUGGCGAUACCGGUCAGGCUACGACAGAGUCUACUACAAAAGCACCCUCAGCUUCCGGACCACCUAGUAAAAAACCAACUACUCGUGCAAAAUCUGCUGCAUCGACUUCAGAUAAAGCGAAACCUGGAAUCCCCACAGAAAACCUACUAACAGAAGAUGAAAUAUCUCAGAAAGCUUCUGAACUUCUUGGUGAGGCAACUAUGAAGCAAAUGUCUGAUACAAAUUGGAAAGAACGUCUACAAGCCGUUGAACAAUUGAAGUCCAGUUUUGAGUCUUCCACUUCUUCUGGUGUACCUACACAAAUUUUGUGCCGUGCUGUGCUACUUAAGCCUGGAAUUAAGGACACUAAUUUUCAGGUUCUUCGUGCUCGUAUUGAAUAUAUCAAUACAGUUCUGUCUUCGAGUACAUCGGUCACCUCGAAUCUUGCUGAUCUACUUGUACAAGAGUUACUGGAUAAGGUUGGUGAUGUCAAAGUAGGUGACAUUGUAAAAACUACACUGACAACACUAGCUGAAAAAACUAGUCUGGAGUUAGUAGGUGGUUGUGUAAUGCGUACACUUUUUCAACUAAAAAAUCCGCGUAGUCAAACAGAAGGCUUGGCUUGGUUAAAUCAAAGUGUGCAGGAAUUCGGAUUUCGUAUUCCGCCUCAAGAAGUCGUACCACUACUGAAAACUGGUCUAAAUGCGACUAAUCCAUCUGUUCGACAGAAUUCUCUAACAUUUGCUGGAACUAUUCAUCUAUUUCUUGGAGAACGUCUAGUCAAUUUGUUAUCAGAUGAGAAGCCUGCCGUAGUCGCGUUAUUGAAUGCAGAAUUCGCAAAAAAUAAAGACCGCACACCUCCUGCCCCCACACGAUGUUCCGCAACUCAAGCACUUCGGAAAGAUUCAGUAUCAGCUGGAAAUGGUGGAACGGAGGGAGGAUCGACUAAUGUAGAGGUUAUUCAAGAGGAGGAAUCUGAUGCUGAUGCACUGCUUCCAAAAACGGAUAUCAGGGAUCGUUUCACACCUGAAUUAUUAGGACUUUUAACAAGUAAAGCUUGGAAAGAACGUUUGGAAGCCUUGAAUACUAUUGAAAAGUUCUUAUCUCCAUCCAUGAUGAUUGAUGGUUCAAAUGGGAAACUUCAAGAGCCAUUGACUGCUAUUGCUAAAGCUGCUAACGAUGUAAAUAAGAAUUUAGCUAAACAAGCCUUGGGAAUUUUGUCCUCAUUCGCUUCAUCAUUGCCAAAAUCAGACGCUGUAAACUACAUAAAAUAUACGGAGCCACCUAUUUUAAUCUGCCUUGGUGAUUCUAAGGUUCACAUACGCGAAGCAGCAGUGACUGCACUUACUUCAUGGCAAGCUCGAGUUCCCAUUUUAUCAAUGUUUGAAAAUGACAUGUUAGCUGAUGCCUUGAAAAUGGAAAAUCCUUUUCUGCGAACAGAGUUGCUUCGUUGGCUUCAAAGCGCUCUGUCACCGAUGCCGCUGAAUGCCUUGAGAAAAAAUGCUGCAGAGAUAUUAGAAAAUUUAAUGCCUCAGGUAUUCGCCUGUAUUGAAGACCGUAAUGCGGAAGCUCGUAAACAGGCCCAAUCAGUACUUCCUUGUCUAAUUCAAGUUUUCGGCUGGGAGCCGAUAUCUAAAUGUGCCAAAAGUUUAAAAUCUGGAUCAAAAGAUUCAGUUAUGUCACAUUUGGAGAAAGCCCGUGAAAGUGUAGCUGCCUCGCAUCCUUCUGUGGCGGAGAAAAAGUCAACCUCAUCACCCAAAGCAGUACGCGGCGGUGGCGGCAGUGCUGCUAGUGCACGUCCACAGUCGUCAAAUUCAUCAGCAGUUACUCCAACAGAUAAUAGUGAAGAGUCUGAAGCUACUACACAAUCUUCAAACACUACUUCCAAAUCUGGUUCAGAGGCGAAGAAAAAGGUCGAUGGUAAAAAACCUACCAGUGCCACGAAAAAGGCUGUUGUUGAACAGCCAACUGCAUCUGUCAUUCUAUCAGCAAAUAAGACAGCUAGAGCAGCCAGAUUAUCUGACGAGAAAAAGCGCAAGCUUCUGAAAUGGGAUUUCGAUUCGCCUACAAAAGAUCAUAUACAACAGUUGAAUACAUUAUUCAGUGCAGCAGGUGCUUCUCCUGAAUUCCAUGCUCUUUUGUUCCAUACAGAUUUUCGACAACAUAUUAAAGCAAUUGACCAGCUUUCUCAAUUAUUAGAUACACCUGGAGGUUCAGAAGCAACUUUUGUAAAUGUGGAUAUCAUCUUGAGGUGGAUUGUUCUUCGAUUCUUUGAAACUAAUCCUGUUGUUUUGGGAAGAUGUAUGGAUUAUUUAACAAAGUUAUUUGUUCAGAUGUCAGAGUCUGGAGUAAAUCUUUCUGAACACGAAGGAGGUUCAUUUCUUCCUUAUUUAGUAAUGAAAGUUGGUGAUCCAAAAGAUAUGAUUCGUCAAAGUAUUCGUGGGAUAAUGAAGCUUGUAGUUAAUCUCUAUCCACCUAGUCGACUGUUCACCUAUCUAACAAACGGCAUCAAAGCAAAGACAAACAAAACAAGACAGGAGUGUUUGGAGGAGAUGGGUUCACUGAUUGAUCGAUUUGGACUGAAUGUUUGUCAGCCGUCUGUCCCUGUAGCAAUCAAACUUAUUGCUCAACAAAUAGGUGAUCGUGAUAGUGGAGUUCGAUCAGCUGCUUUAAAUUCCCUACUAUCUGCUUACGCUAUCGUUGGCGAACAGUUAUGGAAAAUAAUCGGUGAUAUCCCUGAGAAAGAACGUUCAAUGUUAGAGGAACGUAUUAAACGCUCUGGUCAUGUACCAGCUCCUGAAAAUUUUGAACCGAAAGCUGUUGCAAGACCAAGCACUGCAAGACGUGAACCAUCUGAUUCUCGUCGCCCCGCAGAACCUAUUCCUCAAGAAUACCGCCGUCAGCAACCUGUUUCUGCAGCGCAUGCUAAAGCUCGCGCUAUGUUAAACGAACUAGGUGACUUAUCACCUGAAAAAGCCCCAACUAUGCCUUCACUAAUUCAGUUAGAUGCUGAUAUCAAUGAUCUCUUCCAACCUGUUGAAAUGCCUCCUCUUAAAAACCAUGCUCGUCAAACAAUCUUAAAUGCAUUACUACGAACAAGCCCUGAUACCGCUUCAGCUAUCACCAUGGUUGUAACAGCUAUAUCUUCAAACGAUUUACUUGUUAGUUGUCAUGCUCUGGCAGAAAUUGAUACUGUUCUUAAGGACGAGAAGUGGUACCUCCUACUAAACCAUGUCAAUCAAAUUCUAAUGCUCAUUACAAUGCAGUUACGACAGGUUACUUCUAGGUAUUUUGGAGAUCCUUCAGUCACGGAAGAUCAAUUGUGCAAAUUAAUGCAAUCCCACCUUUCAGCCCUUGAAUCUCUUUUCAAUCGUCCAACAUUGGGUCGUGAAGCUUCACGUGAAACAUUAAGAGAGUUAAUUCAGUCAUUGCUUCACAUGAUGCUAGAUGAAAGAACAACAGAAAUGCCUGUUGGAAUUAACGUCAUCAGGUCGAUCAAUGCACUAUUUGUUCGGAUAUUGGAAACUGCCAACGGAACACGCAUUCUAAGCGCUCUCAUCAGGUUACUGCAUGAGUGUGUCAGUAAUGGACAUUCCUCAAAUAAAUUUACUCAUGCUAUCCUGAAGAGUAUUUGGCGUGUUACUAAAGGAAUGGAUACUGCAUUUAAUAACUAUUCUGUGGACGUCAUACUGUUGGAUUGCCAUCAUUUUUUGAAGGCUUUCCCACCUUCAUUCUGGGGUUCGCCAAAAUCAGAUGUUCCUUUGCGAACUAUAAAGACAUUAUUACAUGUCUUAUGUCGUCUACAAGGUCCGUCAAUCCUAACGUUUUUAGAAGAUAUUCCUAAUAAGGAGGAUUCAGAUUUGGAGCCUUACUUAAUUCGAACAUUAAAAAAUACCUCAGGGAUUCAAACUACACCGUCCAAUGUAAAGAAGUCACUGAAUUCUGAUGAAAACCCUCCUAAAGCAUUUGUACUUUCUGUUGGUACUCGUGAGAAAUUAACUGAAAUAUUUAAUAAAAUUGGAUCUAAAAGAGCUGAUGAAGGAUUGAAUGAAUUAUAUGAUUUUACUCAACUCUACCCAGACAUUGAUUUAUCUUCAUAUCUAACAAACACAAGCCAGUUUUAUCAAGCGUAUAUAAAACAAGCUUUGAAAAAUAUAGCUGUUGAACGUACACGUCAAGCUCGAACAGCGUCGGAAGACAAAGAAGCAAAUAAAUUGGCACCUCAUCAGCCAAAUGGCAUUUCAAUACGUCCUAACUGGAAUGAAGAUUUAAGCACAGAUAUAACUGAUGAACAGCCUACUAAUCCUAAAGUUUUUAUGAAUCGACUUGCAAUGUUGCGAAGGGAACUAGGUCUUGGUGGCAUAUCAACAACAAACGUUGAUGACAAUAUUGGUGCAGCCGAUGAAACAGAAAUACAAGGCACAGUAUUAGAGACAACACUCAGGAAUAUGAUAAAACCAAAAGGUGAUCAGUACUCUGAUUCUCCAGACGAAAAUAUUCAACCAGCCCCUGAUCACAGAAUAACUAUGUCUGCAAACGAACUAAUGGAUCUUAAGCGUCGUUUGGACCGAAUCAAAAGUGCCCAAAAACACUAAUCAUUGUUUCAAUUUACAUGCAGUCUUCCACUAAUUAGGUGUUCUUUGAUUUGAACUUUUAUGUAAAUAUUUCUCAGACAUUGUUUACAAGAUUUUACAGUGCACGUAUGUACCGCUAAAAUAUAAGGAUAUACCUAUAUAAUCUCCCUAAUACAUGUUUAUACUUAUAACUAUUUCACACUUCUUUUAAUCUGUUCACUAAAAAUCAUAUACGUCACUAUAUAACAGUUUAUUAGAGAAAAUCAAUUGAAUAUUACGAAUGUUUUAAAUUAACAAUAUAGUGAGUGAAAGUUCCUUCAAUAAAUCACAAAGACAGCUGUGUUC